AACGCAUGAGCUUUUUCGUUGAGCUCUGCCAUUGUCGCCAUUCUGCUUUCCAUUCCAUUCCAUUCAAUUCUAUUCCAAGGUGAGUUGGCCUCGAAGAAUGUUCUUUUGUGGUGUUAACAGUUUUUUCAAAAACAACGUUGUAGAAAUGUCUGAAUAUUGCAUCAGUUGUCAUCGAAUAAAUACAAAAAAGAGGCGGCAGUGAUUUCUCCAACAAGAUGACGCGCCACCACACUAUAUUUCUCAAUCGAUGGAUUCAUCUUUUGUAGGAGAAGAGAGCCAAUUGAGUGGCCUAUAUUAUUACCAGAUUUGACUCCGCCGAACUUCUUCCUUUAGGCAUAUCUGAAGAGUAAACUUUACACCAUUGGGCCAAAUUUGGAUGAACAAAAAAUCAGAAUACCAGAAGUUCAGCAAAUAAUUUUUGAUAUCUUCAUCAAUUGUUUAGGAGCUGCCCAAGAUGAUGCCAACCCUCUAAAAGUACAGAUAGUACCGAUUUGUCUCAGUUGUGCACCAGUUAACCAUGCACUGAAAUCACAAACCACCUUCAAGAAAGUUAUUUUGAUUAACAAUACAAUGACACCAACUAUGUGUUGUGAAUGUGAAGUCACUCAGAAGAGUCAGAAGCGUCAUACAAAAAUGGUGUGUGUAAUAACCGUCCAACUUACUAAAUAAAAUAACUUAUUAAACAGUGUUUGUGUCUAAUUGAAUGAAGUAAUUCAAUAUCUAAUAAUUUGCCGAUGAGAAGGGAAGACCUACGUGCUUGUCUAAUAAAAAAAGAAGAAAGAAAAAUGCCAAUGAUUGGGCAAAUUGAGAGAUUUAAUCCAAAAGAAGGUGAUAUGGUAACUUAUAUAGAGCGUUUAGAACAACUAUUCGUAUGUAAUGAUGUAAAAGCAGAAAAAAAAGUACCAUUGUUAUUAACAUUGGUUGGUGGUGAAACGUACAUUGUGUUAAAAGAUUUGUUGUCACCCAAUUCACCUACAUCUAAGACGUAUGUUGAAUUAAAAAAUGCUUUAUUAAAUCAUUUUACACCAAAAAAACUCGUGAUAUCGGAACGUUAUAAGUUUUAUAUUGCAACUUAAGAACAGAAUGAAGAUAUAAAAGCUUAUGUGGCCAGAUUAAAGAAUCUAGCAAAGUAUUGUGAAUUUGGAGCAUUUCUGGAAGAUUGCUUGAGGGAUAGAAUAGUGGUUGGAAUGAGACUCGACAAUGUAAAGCAAAAAUUAUUAUUGGAGGAGGAGUUAACAUUUCAAAAAGCUUUUGACAUGGCUCUAAGCUCAGAGUUGGCUGAUGGACAAUUGAAAGUCAUGGGUACAGAAAGUUAUGCAGCAAAUAAGAUAAGUAUGUUUGACAAGAAAAGUACAAAGAACUUUAAAACUCCGCCAACAUACAAUUCGAAAGUUUCGUCAAAAGAAAAUAGUUCAUUUUCAAAAACAAAGAAAAAGUGUAACAGGCGUCUACGAGUACACAUAAACAAUUUGUGUCCAGCUAUGAACUGGAAAUGUUAUGCAUGUCAUCAAAUGGGUCAUAUUGCCAAGUCUUCAUUAUGCAGGAACCGUGUUUAUUCAUUAAAUACAGAAGAGGGUCAGUCCGAGGAAGAGGAUCGAGUUUGAGAAGAUGAUGUUGAGAACGAUUCGUUGGAAUUGGGACUAGUUGAGGUAGAAGAGGAAGUUGAAUUCAUACCAAAGUGGUGAAAAAACGAAGAAUAAUAAAGGUUGAAUUAAGUUUAAAUGAAAACAAUGUUGUAAUGGAAGUUGAUUCCGGCGCGUGUAAGUCUGUUAUACAUGUAACGCAUUACAAAAAAUAUUUUGGUAAAGUAGUGUUAAAACCAGUAAACAUAAAAUUAAAAGUAAUAACAGGAGAAAAUGUCUCUAUUAUAGGCGAAUUAAUAGUUGCCGUAAAAUAUAGAAAUAAAUGUUUUGGUUUACCUUUAAUAGUAAUAGAGUGUAAAAAUACUUUUGUACCGCUGUUGGGUCGUAAUUGGCUAAAUGUGUUAAAUCCGAAAUGGCAAAAUGUCCUUGAUUCAAAAGUUACGGUAUCAAAUAACAACUUAAAUUUAACAUAUAGUGUUGAGGAUACCGAAAAUGAAAAAUGUCAAAAAUUAGUUAGUGACUUAAAAUCUAAGUUUUAUAAAGUUUUUGAUUCAGAUAGUAAUUCAUACAUUAACAAAUUUAAAGCUGAAUUGAAAUUAAAAGAGAAUGUCAAACCCAUUUUUCACCGUGCUUAUGAAAUGCCAUACGCGCUAAAACCAAAAGUAGAAGUAGAAAUAGCGAAAAUGAUUGAAACAGGAAUUUUAUCUAAAGUUAAAUACAGUGAAUGGGCAAGUCCUAUAGUAGUAAUUCCAAAAAAACAAAGUAAUGAAAUCAGAAUUUGUGUAGAUUUUAAAAAAACGUUGAAUCGCAUCCUUGAUUGUGAUCACUGCGUUUUACCAUUACCAGACGACAUAUUUGCAUGCCUGGAGGGUAGUAAAAUAUUUACGGUUAUCGAUUUGAAAGGAUCUUACCAACAAUUGCGUAUUAAUGAUAGUUCCAAGGAAUUGUUAACAAUCAACACUCAUUUGGGAUUGUUUAGAUACAACAGAUUGACAUAUGGUAUUAGCUCUGCGCCAGGGAUAUUUCAAGCCGUAAUGGAUACUAUUUUGGCUGGAAUACCUAAAACAAAAUGUUAUUUAGACGACAUUUUAAUUCAUGGAUCGAGCAUUAAUUUUUGGUUUAAAAAAAUUUCACAAAUAUAUUUAUGGCAGAAAAUUUGUAUUGGUUACAGACCAUCAACCGUUACAAUUCUUGUUCGGAAGAAAGAAAGGUAUUCCGAUAACUGCAGCAGCACGUAUCACACGAUGGGCUAUUAUUUUAUCAGCGUAUGACUAUGAAAUAGAAUACAAGAAAGGAG